CUCCUCCCAGCGCCCUUUGCCUCGAGCUCCCUGCUCCUGGGCCAACUGCUCGUCGACCCCCUGAACCCGGAAUACCAGUCCGUCAGCACGGGGAGCUCACACUCGGUGGAGGAGCCCGUCCUCCGGGCCGGGUACAAAGACAUCAUCCUGCAAGACGACGAAGGACGGCUCGUGUCAAGCCUUGCAGACCGCCUGCACUUCCCCCAGGACAACCUCCUCCUCGUCCAAGCCGAGCAGAUGUCAUACACCUCGCUCAAGAGCCCCCACGCUGCCUUCGAAGGGCUCCGCCGCAGUGACGUCCACUCCUUCCUCCGCAAGAUGGCUCUCCGCGACCAGCCCCUCUACUACGUCACGGGCAUCCAGAAGCUCAAGAACCCCAGCUUCAAGCGCGCCGUCGUGCGGGAGGGGUCCAUAGCCGAGGCUCCUGCGUCAUCCGACACCAAGCUCCGCCUGCCCACGCACGUGCGCCGAGACUCCACCAUGGACCUCGAGGAGACGAGCAACGACGCCAUCUUCGGCGCCGAGCUGCGCAAAGUGCGCUGCCGCGUCGGCGCUCCCGAGGAGCCGCACGCCAUCGAGGACAUCGACUACUCCUGGACAUACCACAAGCUUGACGGACUAGACGAUCUGCAGCUGGCCAUCGGCCUGGGCAAGGUGCUGCAGGCGGCCGAACUGAGGGCCCUCGCUGGCAUCGUGCACGAUGAG